CGGAACGGGAGAAACCCCUCGUCCUUAAUCCCUAUUGGGAAACCUCUAAGAGAGUUCCAGAUUUGUGCGCGGCGUCUGGCAGUAUUUUUUUUUGCGAUUUUUUUUUUCUUUUGCCCUCCCUCUUCCAUUUCCCAGCUUUGCCAAGACAAUUUUUCUUCCCGACCUUGUUCAAAAACCCCAUCGCUUUCCUCAACCCUCCCUCCUUUCUAUCCCUCUCGACAUCGUAUCCUGUCCCCAUCCCACUCUCAUCAAGUCUACCGAAGAGUCGUUGAUCCACUCUUUACCUUUUGCCUUUUGCUUUUUGAAAAAAUUCUCCCCUCACAAAAUCUCACGAAAUGCCGGAACAAUCAGUAAGCCGAACAAAUUUUCACCCCUUUUUGUCUCCUUCCAUCCCAGUAGCACUAUCAAAAGCAAUUUCAAUAUCGCUUGCUUGCUUUUCAAUGCCGUGUUGAGAUAUUAGCAUGAAGAAAACUAUUGACUGUCAUGAUCUCAUCGUUGCAGUCGCUGCUGAUAUGGAUGGGCUAUCGCCUUAGUGAAGAAUUUUGCUGACUUUACCCACAGACUUUCCUCGUUGACUUCUUGAGUAUGUUACCUCUCCGCAAUUGAAUCAAGCCCGGCACCUCCUGCUCCCGAGGGGGAUGGUUUCAUCAUAAGGAUCCGGAUGGUUGACAUUCUCUUUUUUCUUCCAAUAGUGGGCGGUGUUUCUGCCGCCGUCUCGAAAACUGCUGCUGCCCCCAUUGAGCGUGUCAAGCUCCUCAUCCAGAACCAAGUUUGUUAUCCGAGACUAAUUUUUUUCCUCGAUUAUCCCAAAAUUGGAAUAGUACACUAACACACACCUUCCCCACUCCAGGAUGAAAUGAUCAAGGCCGGACGUCUCGACCGCAAAUACGGCGGUAUCGGAGACUGCUUCAAGCGUACUAUUGCUGAUGAGGGUAUUUACUCCUUGGGCUCGUAUUUCACCCACCUACUAACGCUUCAUUAGGCACUGUUUCUCUAUGGCGUGGUAACACCGCCAACGUUAUCCGUUACUUCCCCACGCAAGCAUUGAACUUUGCUUUUCGUGAUAAGUUUAAGAAGAUGUUCGGUUACAAGAAGGAGCGUGAUGGUUAUGCCAAAUGGAUGGCUGGUAACUUGGCUUCUGGUGGUGCUGCCGGUGCUACCUCGCUCCUGUUCGUCUACUCUCUUGACUACGCUCGUACCCGUCUCGCCAACGACGCCAAAUCUGCCAAGAAGGGUGGUGAGCGCCAGUUCAAUGGUUUGAUCGAUGUCUACAAGAAGACUCUGGCUUCUGAUGGUAUCUCCGGUCUUUACCGUGGUUUCGGUCCUUCCGUCCUUGGUAUUGUCGUCUACCGUGGUCUGUACUUCGGUAUGUACGACUCUAUCAAGCCGGUCGUCCUUACCGGCAAACUUGAGGGCAACUUCCUGGCCUCUUUCGCUCUGGGAUGGGUAGUCACCACUGGUGCUGGUAUCGCCUCUUACCCUCUUGACACAGUUCGCCGUCGUAUGAUGAUGGUAGGCAAAUAUAUCUUCAUUCCGUGAUUUCUAAUUUUUGCUCACAAAAAUCACAGACCUCUGGUGAGGCCGUCAAGUACAAGUCCUCUUUCGACGCCUUCUCCCAGAUUGUCAAGGCUGAGGGUGUUCGCUCCCUCUUCAAGGGUGCCGGUGCCAACAUCCUCCGUGGUGUCGCCGGCGCUGGUGUGUUGUCCAUCUAUGAUCAGGUCCAACUCCUCAUGUUCGGAAAGGCCUACAAGGGUGGGUCUGGUUAAGCAACGAGACGUCCGAAAAAUAGAAAGGAUACGGGUGGAUGAUGAUGCAAAUCCUCUUUUCAGGGAUGGGAAGGGGGUUUGCGAUAUGACAACUUUACCUGCUGUACGAUGCCGGGCAGGGAAAAACAAUUCUACUCAGUAACAAAAGCUUUUAGUGUAAUUAGGAUAUCUUCGUUUUACAAUCUUCUUGUUUUCCGUUGUCUCAUCCUUCCUUAUACAUGAAGCAAAUAGCGGGGACUAAAAUGGGGGUUUCCUUUGUUUUUGAGGUGUCGGUUUCGAUUUUUCCAUGGUUCUGGUUUUCGUGAUCAAUAGAGUGUCCUCCCAUAGCAUUUAUUUGUUUACUUGUGAUAUUUGCUUUUAUAUAACGCGCAUAAUCGCCACAAGUUACCAGUUUCUUGGAAUGCUGCAGCGGCGAGAACGCACUGGUUUGCACUCGGGUAUUGGUGCUGUACCGUAUGAUGCAGUGUGAUUGAGGUGCUCGGGGGUGUCGCCUCAAUCAUUCGGGGUCCCGAGUGUGGGUUCCCUUACCCGGGAUGCUCUCUUUCGGGGAUCGGAUGAAAAUGGACACUCAGUGGCACAGCGACUCCCAUCCUCUGCAUAUCCGUAUCCUGUGUU